UGCCUGCGAGUCGGCAACCAUGCCCAGCACCUGACUUUAAAAAGGGCUUUAAACAAUACAAUCUUAGGUAGUAGAACUUGCAAGAAAUCAAUAUUCAUCUGUGUGUCUGUGAAUUGAGGCAUUUCUGGAGAGUAUGGUGACGACUGGUUGCAGGUCUUGUUGCCGACAUAAAAAUCAUAAAAAGGGACUCUGGUCUCCCGAGGAGGAUAAGAAACUCAUGGCUUACAUCUCCAAGUUUGGACAUGGAUGUUGGAGCACAGUACCCAUGUUAGCUGGCCUUCAGAGAUGUGGGAAAAGUUGCAGGCUGAGAUGGAUAAACUACUUGAGACCAGGUUUGAAAAGAGGUGCCUUCUCCAUCUUGGAGGAGAAGCUCAUUAUUGAAGCACACUCUGCCCUAGGAAACAGGUGGUCCAUGAUUGCCAAGCUACUCCCUGGGCGAACAGACAAUGAGAUUAAGAAUUUCUGGAAUUCUAGCAUUAAGAAGAAGCUCAUUCAUAUGGGUAUUGAUCCCAACAAUCACAUGCCCAACGAUUCCUCAAAUUCUUUGCAGAUCAAUAAAGCUUAUUCAUCUUAUAGGACGCAGUUGAGCACUGAAAAUGACAUCCAGAAAUGCACUUAUUUUGCCCCAGAAUCAGAUAGAGUCAUGGAAACUGUUAACAAUUCACAGCUUACCAGCUCCGUUGAAUCUUCUCAUUGUAUGUCCACUUUUGAUGUGGUCGCAGCAGUAGAUGAACUCUUGCAGAGAGACGAUUCUAAUGAGCUGAGUCUGUUGGAAACUUCAGCUCAAGAUUUGAGCUUCUAUGCCAAGUCAGAAAAUGGAGUUUUCUCAGAGUUUGGGACACAAUCUCAAGCUGAAAUAGAUAUGGGUGAAAUGCUGAUUUGGGAAGGACUCCCUGCUGUGACAGACCAAGAAUUACAAUAUGUUACACCACAUAUGGAGAUGGAUAACAUGGGAUUUAACAUUCCUUCUCAUGAUCAAGUCUCAGUCGAUGACUUCAGUCAUGGGCAAUCCUUCUGUAAUGGGGUAAGUACAGAAUUAUUCCAGCACAAUGGAUUGGAAUAUGUGCAGAAUUGAUAUAGUUUGAUAGAACUGUUAUCUAUUCGUUGAUAGCUCUAAGAUGAUCACGAAUAACUAGAAGAUGCAGUACUUAUAGAUGUCUCCAUUAGGGCACUUUCAAGUCUUGUCAAAGCUCUUUUCAUUGUGGCUUGGGUUGUUAAUCUAACUGGUCUGGAUCACUGUGAGAGAGUUUAUAAUGCUUGGCUUGGGAUCUCUUGUAUUAAACAAUGGAUUCAUCGCAUGGAGGCAAUUCAAAUUUCUGCACUCGUAUAUAUAUUAUCAUACAGCCCUCAUUAUGAGAAUGCAA